GUCGAGAAGGAGCAUCGCCAAAGUGUGUGUGCCAGGCCCGUCGAUGCUGGUCCGCAAUCUCUUCCUCUCAGUCGCCCGGCAGGCUCGACAGCAGGUCACGUCCAAGGUCUAUGUGCCGGCAUUCGGUGCAGUGGCGUCCUCUUCACGCCUCGUCCUCCCUCACCAAUCAUUUAGCACAUCGGGACCCAGGCGUCAGGACCGCACACUGGAAGAGAAGAGAGACGCAGCAGCAACGGCAGGAGGGCACUCAUCCGAGGAGACAAAAGUGAGCGAGCUCUGGAAUUCUGUAAUUGAUGCGAUCGAUUCGGAUUACCGCAAGAGCGAGCGGCCAAAGAGCGAGCACAAGAGAGGUAGUCCAGAAGCCAGGGCGGCCGAGCGCGAGGCGCGCUUCGAACAGAAAUGGCAGAACCGGGUCGUCUUUGGCGCCAACCUGCCGGGAGGAACACCAAGCGCUGGGAGAACCGUCGAAGUGAGCAGCGACCACGGCAGGCAUGGCUCGGCAACCGAAGGGGAGGAUGUGGCCAGGGCGUAUGCGAUGAUGAUGGGCACCCUCCGCCGCAAUAACAUCCGAAGAGAGCUCAACUUGACGCAACGAUAUGAGAAGCCAAAUCAGGAGAGGAGGAGGAAACGGAGUGAGCGUCACCGGAGAAGGUUUGCCGAUCUCGUGCGGAAGAAGGUUCAGCUGGUCAUGGAGCUCAAGGCUCGCGGCGCUUAGAAGACUGUAUUAAGACCGUAUGCAAUGCAUUGAAGAUGAUCGAUAGCAUCGCCGUGAUCUGAUCGGAAC